CACCAAUGGCCGUCGUCCCCCGCGGAGUUUUGUCCCCGCCGCUGCCCCGUAGCCCUGACACGUUUCCAUGGAGGGGCCGCGCGCGUGGCGCCGAGGGGCGGGGCCAAUGCCCGGCCUUAAAGGGGCCGCGCCCCUCACGGGGCUGAGCGGGAGCGGCGGCAGCGGCGGGUGAGAGACCGGGGGGGAACCGGGGGGGAACGGCAGGAACGGGCAGGGGGACGGGUGUGCUGCCCUGCCCUGCCGCCUUUGGUAGGGACAGCCCGAACCCCCGCUGCUUCGGGCACCCCUGGGCUCUAGAGCGAUUCCAGUCCCCGGGUACGUUCUGCCCCCCCGGCCCCGGGACCCUCCGCUCCUCCCGGGCCCGUCCCCGCUCCCGGCUGAAAUCCGCCACAGUUUUGCCUUUCCCCGGGCCCGGUGCUGUUUCCCCAGCCCCGGGAGUUUGGGGGGCUCCGGUUGGGGCCGCAGCUCCGGAGGGAAAUGUCCCGGUCCGGGUCCUCCCGGGGCUCCCGCCCCUCCCCGGGCCGGGGGUCCCGCAGGUACCGCCGGUACCGCCGGCUGUCCCCGAGCCCUUCCUGCGGGGCUGGGGAAACAGGGAGCGGCUGAAGGGCAGGGCUGGUACUCUGCGGAGACCACCCCAAUUCAUUCAUUAAUUAAUGAAUCAAUGAGUUAAUUAACAGCGAGAACUGCUGCCCUGAGGGGCACGGGUGAGCCCAGGGCUGGGUUUAACAGGAACAACCAGGGCUCAUCUCCGGGAGGUGCCACCUCCGUGUCCGGGAGGUGUGACCGGCCCUGCCCCGCCCGUACCUCGGGCAGCACCGACCUGGCCGGGCCGUGCCGUACCUGGCCGUGCCGUGCCGUGCCCACCCCCGGCUCUGGGCUUUUCCCGCAGGAGCCAUGGCCGAGACCAUCCUGGUGACGGGCGGCGCCGGCUACAUCGGCAGCCACUGCGUGCUGGAGCUGCUGCAGGCGGGCUACGAGCCCGUGGUCAUCGACAACUUCCACAACGCCAUCCGAGGCUCCGAGGAGCUCCCCGAGAGCCUCCGGCGGGUGCAGGAGAUCGCGCACCGGCCCGUGCUCUUCCAGGAGCUCGACAUCACGGACCGGGCGGCGCUCCAGGAGCUCUUCAGGAAGCACCACUUCUCGGCCGUGAUGCACUUUGCGGGGCUCAAGGCCGUGGGGGAGUCGGUGCAGAAGCCUCUGGAAUAUUACAGAGUGAACCUCACCGGGACCAUCGGGCUGCUGGAGACCAUGAAGGCCCACGGCGUGAGGAACAUCGUGUUCAGCAGCUCUGCCACCGUCUACGGGGACCCCAAGUACCUCCCCCUGGACGAGAAGCACCCGGUGGGAGGCUGCACCAACCCCUACGGCAAAUCCAAGUUCUUCAUUGAGGAGAUGAUCCGGGAUCUCUGCAGAGCAGAGAGGGACUGGAACGCCGUCCUGCUGCGCUACUUCAACCCCAUCGGCGCCCACGAGUCGGGGAUGAUCGGGGAGGACCCUCAGGGCAUCCCCAACAACCUCAUGCCCUACGUGGCUCAGGUGGCAGUGGGACGCCGGGAAUUCCUGAGCGUCUUUGGGAACGACUAUAAGACAGAAGAUGGAACGGGAGUCAGGGAUUACAUCCACGUCGUGGAUCUGGCCAAGGGCCACAUCGCUGCUCUGAAGAAGCUCAAGGAGAACUGCGGCUGCAAGAUCUACAACCUGGGCACAGGCACCGGCUACUCCGUGCUGCAGAUGGUCCGGGCCAUGGAGAAAGCCUCGGGGAGGGAGGUAAGGGCAGAGCUGAGGGUUCAUGGGCACAGGGGCAGCAGCUGCUCCCCACAGGGCCUUGCUCCCCCCAGCAGCCCUGGCACCGUUCCCUCAGCCCCCUGGGACCCCCCGAGCCCUCGGUGCUGCUCUCCCUGCAGAUCAAGUACCGGAUCACGGCCCGGCGCGAGGGGGACGUGGCCUCCUGCUACGCUGACCCCGCGCUGGCCGAGCGGGAGCUGGGCUGGAAAGCUGCCUUUGGCCUGGACAAGAUGUGUAAGGGCAUCCCCUCCCUGGCACAGUGGGCACUGCCAGCCCCCUGCCCUCCCUCACCUCCCUCCUCCUGUUCCAGGUGAGGACCUGUGGCGGUGGCAGCUGCAGAACCCCACGGGCUUCAGCAAGAACUGAGCUGUGACCGAGGGCUGGCUGAGCCCAGGGCUGCUCUGAGCCAGCCCUGCCUCCUUCCCCGAGGGUUGUCACCAUCCUGGGAGGGCACUUCCAGCUCCCCCUCCUGCCUCUGGCACGGGGCAGGAAGGCUGGAGCAUCCUCAGCCUCCCCCCUCCUCAUCCUCAUCCCCCAGGUCUUUGGAUCUCACAGAGCAGAACCACAAUGAACAGAGAACAGAGCCAGGUUUGGCACCACGGGCAUGGAACCCCAUGGGAACCCUCAGGGGCUGCAGCCAGCUGGGGCUGGGAACUCCUGGGCCCUCCCUGUGCAUCCAGCACUGGGACAGCAGAGUCCUGCUGAGCCCAAACUGUUCCCUCCUGCCCCACCUGGCUCAGGGGGAGCCCAAGGCACCUCUGCCCCUGCCCUGGCACAGAGAAGGCACCAGAAACCUCCCACAGGGACCACUCACAUUCCAAGGCUUCCUCCACUCCCCCUCUUUAUCCCAAGCAUGGUUUUGGGGACCAAAAUCUCAUCUCCCCCCUCUCCUGCUGAGCUGGAGAAGCCCCUGCCCAGGGCUGGGCCAGCCUGGCCUGGCUGCCCACAGCCCCCUGGGUCCUGCUCUGGGCUCCUGUGGCAGCCACUCCCAGAGCCCUUUGCCAAAGGCUGCCAGGAGCCAGCUCUGCCCUCCUGUCCCACACUGCUCCUGUUUAUUUCUGGCAGCUCCCAGGGCAGGGAUGACGCAGCCGGCCCCGUGUGCUGGCGGCUGGAUGAAUAACUUAUGAAUUGAGCUUUUGAUUUGUUUUUAAAAUAAACUUUCCUACUUUCUAAGUGGCAGCUUUGUUCUGCUUCCCCUCAGCCGGAGCUGCUGCCCCUAAAAAUGGCACCCUGGGGCCUCAUGGAACCCAAAUCCACCCCAAAUCUCCCAUCCUGCCUGGCCAGGGAUGACGCCAGCUCAGCUCUGGGAUAAGUUGAGGAUUUAUUUCACCUUGGUUCUCUGUGGAACGCACACACACACACACAAAAAAAAACCCCCAAACAUGUACAAGGAAGACAAGAGAGA